AUGCGAGGCCGCGGCAAGCAAGACAAAGAUGUGGAAAAGCUGAUGAGAACUUCCAAAGAUGUCAAACUUUCCUGGGAAGCGACGCUCUGGGAAACGAACCUAUCCCAUGUCUUUUCGAACGCCCCAAAAAUAUACAACGCCCCUUGGAAGAUGACCCAGUUAAGACCCAUUCUUUUGUUAAGCUCGUCGUAUGUGUAG